AUGUCUAGCGAAAAUUAUGCACAAAUCAGAAAAGGCGGUUCUUUGUUGUUAGCAUGGAGAAUUGAAAACAAACGCGUUCUUAUAGUCGGAGGGGGUAACGUUGCUGCAGGACGUAUUGUUAAGGCUCUCGAGGCUGAUGCGCAUGUUACAGUAGUCUGUCCGGAUGAUGGCCUUAACAACGAAGUCAGAUAUCGCAUCAACCAAAACCAAGUUCACAAUUGGAUAAACAGAAAUUUCGAGGAAUGUGACCUGGAGAAUGUUGACAUGGUGCUGACUGCUAUCGACGAUCAUGUGAGGUCGCGAGAGAUAUAUUACAUGUGUAAGGCAAGAAAGAUGCCCGUUAACGUGGCAGACAUACCAUCCCUGUGUGACUUUUACUUUAUGGCAGAGCAUCGAGAAGGUCCACUACAGAUUGGUAUCUCAUCAAAUGGACAAGCGCCGAAAUUGGCUACCAUGAUUCGCCAACAUGUAGCGGACGCAUUGCCAAAAAAUAUAGGAAUGGCCAUAUCUAAGGUUGGCAACUUGCGUCAAAAAUUGCGAGAUAUUGACUCAGAUUACGAGUCAUCAAAGAAAAGAAUGGGAUGGAUGAUCCGUGUCUGUAAAGAAUGGUCUCUUGAUGAGUUGGCAAACUUGGAUGAUAAGAUGACGGAUUUAUUGCUAUCGUUUUAUGGCAAAGAUGAAGUGCCCAGUUUUAAUUCAAUUGCAAAAGUCAGCAAGUCAAAAGAAGAUAUCGAAGAAGACAAAGAGAAACGAGCGAGAUCACGCAUUAUUUUGGUAGGCGCAGGACCUGGUGACCCUUCACUCCUCACUAUCAAGGCGAUGACGUUACUCUCCCAAGCUGAUCUUGUCUUAUCUGAUCGCCUGGUUCCCGCAGCUAUAUUAGAACAUGCAAAGGGUGAGGUUCGUUUCGCAAAUGCUAAGUCGGGAAGCGAAAAAACACGCUCGUCAGACGUAUCGCAGGAUGAACUCCUCAACUGGGCUCUGGAAGCAUUAGAAGCAGGCAAAUUAGUAAUCAGGCUUAAAGUGGGGGAUCCGUUUCUAUUCGGACGUGGUGGAGAAGAAGUGUUAUUCUUUAAGAAGCGUGGAUGGGAUGUCGAGGUUGUCCCCGGUAUAAGCAGUUCACUAUCAGCUCCAUUGGCCGCUCACAUACCAGUGACUCACCGAGGGAUAUCGGAUCAAGUUCUUAUUACGACCGGACAGGGUACAAAAGGAAGAAUGCCGGAAAUUCCAGAGUAUAAUCCUAUGCGUACAACCGUUGUUCUGAUGGCGGUUGGGAGGGCAAAAAAUCUGAGUGAGCUAUUGUUGAAUAGAGCCUAUCCAAGCGAUCUACCAGCAAUGUUUGUGGAAAAUGGACAUCGUCCAAACGAGAAAAUUAUACGCACAACGGUUGGGGACUUGGGUGAGAUAGUUGAGCGUGAAAACAUUGUCUCGCCAGCUACACUAGUCAUCGGUAGAGCAGUAGACGCUUUGUUGGUUGACGAGGAACGACAAGGGUAA